UAUCCGGCCUUGACCCAAUUAUACAUGAUUGGUAUUUGAAUUGACCAAAUCCAAUUGUGUCCAAGUUUAUAUAUAAACCCAUUAGUAACAGUUGAUCAUCCACCGUGGUCCGACUCAGAUUCAUGAACAGAAUCAAUAAGAUUAAGAUCGUGAAUUACGGCGGCGGCGGCAUAGCCGGGAGGUGGCGGAUUCUGAGCGGCGAGAACCAAUGGGAAGGCCUAUUAGACCCUCUGGACAGCGACCUCCGGCGAUACAUAAUUCACUACGGGGAAAUGGCUCAGGCGACCUACGACAACUUCAUUCGCCAGAAAGCGUCCAAGUUCGCCGGAGACUGGCGGUACCCGCGGCAGAGCAUCCUCGGAAAUGUCGGCCUGGUGAAGGGGAAUCCCUUCAAGUACUCUGUCACGAGAUACGUCUACGCCACGUCAUCGGUUCCGGUCCCGGACGCCUUCAUCUUGAAGUCGGAUUGGAACAGGGAGUCGAAUUGGAUCGGGUUUGUGGCGGUGGCGACGGAGGAGGGCGCGGCGGCGCUGGGGAGGAGAGACAUAUUGGUUGCUUGGAGAGGGACGGUUCGGAAUCUGGAAUGGGUCGAUGAUUUCGCAUGUGUUUUUUCCGAUGCGCCGGAGAUAUUUGGCGGGAAGGCCGCCGCCGCCGGUCCGAAGGUUCAUCUUGGUUGGUAUUCUAUUUACACUUCCCGGAAUCCUAAAUCGCCGGUUACCAACAUCAGUGCAAGGGACCAGGUUCUUGGAGAAAUAUCAAGGCUGGUGAACCUUUACAAGAAUGAGACAAUCAGCAUAACAAUAACCGGCCACAGCAUGGGGGCAGCCGUGGGGACCUUAAACGCCGUCGACAUCGCCAUCAACGGGCUCAACAAGGCGGCGGCCGGAAAGAACCCUGCCUGUCCGUUGACGGCAUUCCUCUUCGCCAGCCCAAGAGUGGGAGACACAAACUUCAAGAAGUGCAUAUCAGGGCUUCAGAGUCAUCUUCACAUUCUUCGCGUCCGGAACGCGUUGGACAUCGUGCCGAAUUACCCCCCAAUAAUAAGCUUUGCAGACGCCGGAGUGGAGCUGGGGAUUGACACGACCAAGUCGGAGUAUCUGAAGUGCCCCGGGGACCCCACCGCCUGGCAUAGCUUGGAAGCUUACCUGCACGGAGUUGCGGGAUGCCAAGGGGCAAAAGGGGGAUUUGAAAUUGAGAAAGGGGUGCGUGAUAUUGCACUUGUUAACAAGCAUUUGGAUGCGCUGAAGGAUGAGUACUGUGUGCCAGUUUCGUGGUGGGUUGAGAAGAACAAUGGGAUGGUUCAACAAGGGGAUGGGUCUUGGGUUCUUAUGGAUCAUGAUCGUGAUGGUGAGGAUGCGGAUUAGUGAUUUUCCCCACCAUUUAUAAAUGUUAAUUCCUCCAAAUUCCAUCACAAAAUGAUGAGUUUCUACGGAAAAUUGUGUCAAUAUUUGAUUGUUUAUUUUUCUUAAAAUGCGUUGUAAAUAAAAGAGUAAAAAUUCCAUAAUUGG